CUAUGCAACGAAUGAGAUAGAAAGAAAUGGACUUUUACUAUUAUUAUAAGUGUAUAUAAAUAGAUACCGGCAGCGGGAUCCAACGAGCAGAGGAGCGACUGGUGCGGACGGACGGACAGACAGACAGGCAGGCACCGCGCGCGCUUGUCCGCGCGGCGGGACCGAGCGCGAGCGCGCCGGCCUUGCAAUUCAUUCCAGAAUCAACCACGAUGGGCGGCCGAGGUGGCGGGGAGGAGGAGGAGGGGGUGGUGGACGGCGGCCGGCAUCAUCUGCGGCAUGAGCAAAGGCUGAACGUCUUCGGCGGGGAGGAGGACGACAGGGACGAGGGGUGGCGGCGGUGGUCGGUGCUGGUGGCGACGGUGUGGAUCCAGGCGCUGACGGGGACCAACUUCGACUUCUCGGCCUACUCGUCGGCGCUCAAGUCGUCGCUGGGCGUCUCGCAGGAGGCGCUCAACUGCCUGGCCACGGCGUCGGACCUGGGCAAGGCGCUGGGGUGGUCGUCGGGCCUGGCGCUGCUCCACAUGCCGCUCCACGCCGUGCUCAUGCUGUCCGCCGCGAUGGGGCUCGCCGCCUACGCCGCGCAGUACUACUGCCUCGUGUUCGCCGGCGGCGCUGAUGCGGGAGCGUCGUCGUCCGUGGCCGUCCCCUACCCUCUGGUGUUCUUGUUCUGCUUGAUAGCAGGGUGCAGCAUCUGCUGGUUCAACACAGUCUGCUUUGUUCUCUGCAUCCGCAGCUUCUCUGCGAGCAGCCGCUCCCUAGCCCUCUCCCUCUCCAUAAGCUUCAACGGGCUCAGCGCUGCCUUCUACACUCUCUUUGCCAACGCGCUCUCCCCUUUCUCCCCAGCUGUCUACCUCCUCCUCAAUGCAAUCCUCCCUCUCGCCGUCUCUGUCCUUGCACUCCCAGCGAUCCUCCUCUGCCACAAAAAUGAGGGCCACAUCCAAAGUGCGCCCGGGCAUGACGGCCGCGUCUUCCUCGGCCUCUACAUCCUCGCAUUCAUCACCGGCAUAUAUCUGGUGGUCUUUGGAUCUUUCACCGCAACCAGCUCUACUGCGUGGGUCAUCCUCACAGGUGCCAUGGUCCUCCUCGCCCUUCCUCUCAUCAUCCCUGCCUGCUCCAGUUGCUCAGAUGGCCCUGACCCUGCAUAUGAUGACCCACAUAAGCCACUCCUCAUCAGUCAGAUGGAGUCCAAUGCCAUGAUGCAAAAGCCAAAGGAGAACCAGGUGCAGGUCAAGGGCCGCCUGGCGACGCUCGGUGAAGAACACAGUGCAAAGAAGCUCAUUCGGUGUGUGGACUUCUGGCUCUACUACACAGCCUACUUCUGUGGAGCCACUGUUGGCCUGGUAUACAGCAACAACUUGGGUCAGAUUGCUCAGUCAUUGCACCAGCAGUCACAGCUCACCAUGCUCCUUGCCGUCUACUCAUCCUGCUCCUUCUUCGGCCGUCUUCUCUCUGCACUACCUGACCUCCUUCACAGGAAGGUGUCACUUGCUCGCACAGGGUGGCUUGCUGCUGCAUUGGUCCCCAUGCCAAUGGCCUUUUUCCUUAUGUGGAACAAACAAGAUGGAAGCACCCUGGUAGCAGGAACAGCGCUAAUUGGCCUAAGCUCAGGGUUCAUCUUUGCUGCAGCAGUGUCAGUGACCUCGGAGCUCUUUGGACCAAAUAGCGUUGGGGUGAAUCACAACAUCCUUAUCACCAAUAUCCCGCUUGGCUCACUCCUCUAUGGGCAGAUUGCUGCCAUGGUAUACGAUGCAAAUGGCCAAAAGAUGACAGUAGUGGAUAACCGCACUGGCAUUGUUGACACCAUGACUGUGUGCAUAGGGGUGAAGUGCUACUCAACCACCUUCGUCGUGUGGGCUUGCAUCACAUUUCUGGGGUUAGCAUCAAGCAUAGUUCUAUUCAUAAGAACAAAGCCAGCUUAUGCCACUGCUGCUAGUCGGUCAAGUUGUAAGCACCUUCACCAAGUUUCCAGUUAAAGUAGUUGACAGAGAAACUUACUGUUGUAAUCACCGCUAGCUUGUAUAAAAUUUUGGUUAGUUGAUAGUUCUAGCUGAAACGGGUUACAAAAAAUAUGUGAAAAUGAGUAGCUUGUACAAAAAGGAUCCCAUUCAUAUUACUUCAUCUGAGGGUUACAGCUGGAGGAUGUGAAUGCAAAUACUUGACAGGACGAGACCAAGAUGGAACAGUAAUUAACAGCUUUAUAGCUGAAAUGUUAAAGUACAGAACGAACACUCCGUUUACCCAGGAUAGCAUGAAAUCAGUUUAGAGUUAGACUGUUGUUGCCAGUGGAAUGGAGUUGUGUGCCAAAUGCUCCAUAAUUACUGUUUUUUAUGUAACACUUAUAAUGAUUACAGCAUGCAGGACUUCAGGAUUGAAUCUGACUAGCAUUUCA